AUGUCAUCUAAAAAGUCCCCGGGUGGCACCUCUUUGAAGAAGUCGAAGGUAGGAAGAAUGGAAAGGCAGGAGCUGACUCGCGAGCGGAACGGCCAACGAACAACACGCAGUUUGAGUGCGAAUACUCGAGGCGGCUUAAGACUGGAUAAUUGUCGAGUCGACUAUACGAGCUGUGCGGGAAAGGAGAAGCAGUAUGAACGGUCGGCCAAGGCGGACGCAGGUGAUGGAUACAAUGUACAUGGAGGUGAUAGCGGUAAUAAGGCAAACCACGAGGAUAGUGGAGAGACUAGGCCCGGUCAAGACGAGGACAGCUACACUAGCUAA